AUGGUCUACGAGUCCAUCGCCGCGAAGCAGGACGUGAGCGUCGGGACCGUGGUCUUCACGUACGACGUGUUGUGGCGCGCGUCGAACGUCAAGUGGGCGUCGCGCUGGGACAUUUAUCUGUCCAUGGACAACCAGGUGAGCGACAAGGUCCACUGGUUCUCCAUCAUCAACUCCUUGCUGAUCGUGCUCUUCCUGUCCGUCAUGGUCGCCAUGAUCCUGGUGCGGAACCUCCACCGCGACAUCGUCCGCUACAACCGGACGCUGACCGACGAGGAGAAGGCCGAGGACCGCGAGGAGAGCGGCUGGAAGCUGGUCCACGCCGACGUCUUCCGCCCGCCGGCGUCCUGCCCCAUGCUCUUCUGCGUCGCCUGCGGCACGGGCGUCCAGGUGCUCCUGUGCACGACGAUCUGCAUCGUCUUCGCGGCGGCUGGCUUCCUGAGCCCCGCGAACCGCGGGUCGCUGGCGACGGCCGUGCUCGUGCUCUUCGUCAUGAUGGGCGCGCCGGCGGGCUACACGGCGGCGACGCUCUACAAGACCUUCAAGGGCCGGCUCUGGCAGAAGUGCACGCUGUACACGGCGUUCGCGUACCCCGGCGUGUGCUUCGUCACGUUCCUCUCCUUCGACGGCAUGCUCUACAGCUACGGGUCUACCGGCGCCGUGCCGCUGCUGUCCCUGCUCAGCCUGCUCGCGCUGUGGUUCGGCGUGUCCGUGCCCCUCGUCUUCCUGGGCGCGUACCUCGGGUUCAAGCGCGAGCCGCUGUCGUACCCCGUGAUCACGUCGAACAUCCCGCGCGAGGUGCCCGCGCCCCAGCCCUGGUACCUGAGCCUGGGCUUCACGACGCUCGUGGGGGGCAUCCUGCCCUUCGGGGCCUGCUUCGUGGAGCUCUUCUUCAUCCUGAGCUCCAUGUGGAUGGACCAGUACUACUACGUCUUCGGCUUCACCGCGCUCGUCUUCGUGAUCCUGAUCGUCACGUGCUGCGAGAUCACCAUCGUGCUCUGCUACUUCCAGCUCUGCUCCGAGAACUACCACUGGUGGUGGCGCGCCUUCCUCACCUCCGGGAGCACCGCGCUCUACGUGCUGCUCUACAGCUGCGUCUACUUCGGGCGCUUGGCGGCGGACGAGUGGUUCACCUACGUGCUCUACUUCGGCUACAUGAUCCUGAUUUCGUUGGGGCUCUUCGCGCUGACGGGCGCCUGCGGCUUCUUCGCCUGCCUCUGGUUCACGAAGAAGAUCUACGCGUCCAUCAAGGUCGACUAG